AUUGAUAAAAAAAAAAAAAAAAACACAGGAGAGAGAGAGAGAGAGAGAGAGAGAGAGAGAGAGAGAGAGAGAGAGAGAGAGAGAGAGAGAGAAUGGCAACGGGAUUGGACAAGAUACUUGUAUUUGGAGGGACAGGAUAUCUUGGUAAGUACGUAGUGAGGGCUAGCAUUAAGAUGGAGCACCCAACAUAUGUGUACGGGCGCCCGAUCACUCCCAAUAGCAACCCCUCCAACUCCUGCAAGGUGGAACUACACAAGGAGUUUCAGUCGAUGGGCGUUAUACUCAUCCAGGGGGAAUUGAGCGAGCACGAGAAGCUUGUUUCACUUAUCAAACAAGUCGAUAUUGUUAUCUCUGCAAUUGGUACCCCUUGUUACAUGGAACAACUUAGAAUCAUAGAUGCCAUAAAGGUUGCGGGAAACAUCAAGAGAUUCAUUCCAUCAGAAUUUGGUUGUGAAGAGGACCGAAUAACUGCAGUACUCCCCCCAUUUCAUGAUCUCCUUGAUAAAAAGAAGAAGAUCAGAACGGCUACAGAAGCAACUGGAGUCCCUUUUACAUUUCUUUCAUCAACUUGUUUUGCUGCAUACUUCUCAAGUUUCUUGCUCCAUCCGCAUGACAAAUAUUCCCAGGAGCUUACGAUUUAUGGCACUGGUGAAACCAAGGCUGUUUUUACCUGCGAAGAAGACGUUGCCAUGUACACAAUCAAAGCUGCAAAUGACCCGAGGACUUGCAAUCGCACUGUACUCUUCCGGCCUUCAGAAAACCUAUUGUCCCAAUUGGAGUUGGUGUCACUGUGGGAGAAGAAAACCAGCCGCAGUUAUAAGAAGGUUUUUGUGUACGAGGAAGAGAUUGUGGAGCUCUCGGAGACAUCACCACACCCGGCGAACGUACGAGCGGCCAUAAUCCACAGCAUAUUUGUGAAAGGGGACAUGGCAAACUUUGAAAUAGGGGAAGAUGAGAUGGAGGUCUCAAAGUUAUAUCCUGACGUCGAGUACACAACAGUAGAUCAGCUCCUCGAUGAUUUUAUGGCGAAUCCCCCAGAGUUUCGCUACGUUGAACUUUGACGAAUUUUGUGGAAUUCUUCAUUUAUCUCUAGAGAUAAAUUUUAGAUGUCAACUAUGAUGUACUACUUUUUUUCUCCGGUCACAUGUUAGGAGGAACUAGGUCUAUAUUUAUAGCGAAAUAAAAUGAGAUGCUGGGUAUAAAUCAGCACAAUGUGUAAAACAUGAACCACUUAAUGCAUAAUUACAAUCUUGCACCCACAAUUAAUAUUCGAAUGCUAAGACCGUCUUGUUGGGAGGAACUUGG